GGUCACACUACACAUUUGACGCCAACACGGUUUUUUCGGAAAAUUGAUAAUAUUUGUUUGGUUAUUGUUGAUAUAACCACUCACUAACCGUCCCACUAUGGCCGAGGCAGACGAUGGAUCCGAGCUGCUGUUCUUUGAUACGUUUUCCCACGAGGAAGUGACGGACGUCAAUUUGGAUUUGGUGCAGUUUCCGAAGCCGGUUUUCAUCACCCAGGUUAGAAUCAUUCCCCUGGGAGCCCGGGUGCAGGCUGACUUUCCCGGCGGAGUUCGGCUAGGAGCCACCAAUCCAUCCAAGUUCGAUCUGGAGUUCUUCGUUAACGAUUUGGGAAUGCCCGGCGCUUCGGCUUUCGAGAACCUGGGACUUCUGCGGUACAACCAGAACGAUUGCAUCCACCUGGAUUGUUCGCAAGAGAAGAUACCUACGGAUGGAUUAGUGCUUCGUGGCUGGUACAGCACCAUUACCUUGGCGGUCUACGGAAUCCUCACCAAUUCUGUCACCGAGCCCAUUGCUAGUCCCACCCUACCCUGCGAACCCGUCGGCCCGGAGAUGUGUAACUUGAGUGGGGAGGUUCUGUUGCAAGAGGAUGUGUUGAAAGACGAGUGGCAAGAACCCAUACCCACCGAAAUUCUUACCGCCCACAAGGGCAAUGUUAGCGACUAUGAUCCGGAGGAAAUGGAAUAUACAAUGCCGCGGGAACACUACCACCAGCAUGCCGAGGAGCCAGAUCAGCGGGACAUGAGACGCAUGCGUCGCUCCACUCAUUCCACGGAUCGCUCACCGCCACCACCUCGACGAUCCCACACCCACUCGGAGAGCAAUGACAGGGAGUACAUAAGAUGUUCCCGUGACAAGGGUUCGAGGGAUUGGUCAAGAUCCCCCGAGUAUUCCAGUCAUCGUUCCAGAAGGAAGCGUUCGGAACGCUCUCGCUCGGAUGUGGACGAGCACAAGUGGCCCAGGACUCCGCCAGCUUCAAUUGAUUCACCUACGCGACCACGGUCGCCUGAUACAAUGGAUUACGAAGAUGAAGACUCACGCUCUCACUACAAAAUGCAAGCUUCCCACUACAGGCACUCCUCGGAAUCGCUUCAUCGAGGGGAUAGGGAUCGGGAGGAUGAAGAGCGUUCGUGUACACCGCAGGAGCAGUUUGAGCCCAUCCUCAGCGAUGACGAGAUCAUUGGUGACGAUGAGGAAGACGAAGCAGAAGAUGCAGCGGCGAUUGCAGAGUACGAAAGGGAUUUGGAAGCAGCGGCGGCUGCAGCUCCUCCCGCCAUCGACGCCUUCGAGCCGUGGCAAAAGCCUCUGCAGUUCUACGAAGGUGAUCUGACGGUACACUUCACCAAAGAGUUGGAAACUCUGAGGCUGCUCUUCAAGAAGUUGGCUGUGCAAACGCGUUGCGAGAACGUGCCUGCUUUUAGUGAAGAGCAUGGCGUUAGUGUGGAUGAAAGGGAGCAGUUCGUCUAUUUGGGAGAACAACUGAACAACCAACUGGCGUACUUGGCCCAAAACUACAAGCGACGCAACUUUGUGCUGCAACAGUUUUUCAGAAACGAUGAAGUGCAUCUGCGACAGGCGUCACAUGUUUUGCAAAUCGCUCUAAGUUUCCAAGCGGCCUGCAUGCAGCCACAGCCAGCUUUUAAAAUUCGACACAUAAAGCUGGGAGCUCGGAUGGCUGAACUUCUGGGCAGCAGCGAGGAGCUGUUCCAACACCUACUCAAGGAGCAUCAAUUCGACCCGUUCGACGCUGUUUUCAAACUGUAUCACGAACCCUAUAUGGCUCUGUCCAUCAAGCUGCAGCUUCUCAAAGCCGUGUAUGCUCUUCUGGACACCCGCCUGGGAAUUGAGCACUUUCUUAACUCGCCCACGAAUGGAUAUGAAGCUAUUAUUGAAGCCCUAAAGUCGGCCAAGUUGACGCGAACGAAAUAUGCCCUGCAAGCCAUCAUCAAGAAGAUGCAUCUGUGGGAGGCCUUGGGAUCUGUGCAACUUUGCUGCCGAAGGCUAUUUGUGGAUAGGGAUCCGGAUAAAAGUAAGGAUGCCGAGUUCAAGACGGAGACAGUGAUCCUUUGCAAAAAGAUAGAGUACUCAUUCCAGAUGCUCAUGGAUGCGUUGAGCACCAGCCAGCUGAGCUACCAGCAACCACGUCGCUUCUUGCCAGUGUCCAAGAAGUUCGAGGUGGUCACCGAUUCUAUGGCCCAACGCAGCUUCGCCAAUGCUCUGCAGUCCUUCUUGAAGCACCACGCUGUGGCGGAAUCCCUGCUGUUGAUGCUGGGAAACUGCAAGAUGUUGCCAGCUUCCACAUAUCUGUGCAUGCUAGAUCUUAUGCACGCCCUGUUCCGUUCACACGUCGGCAUCGAUUACUUUGUGGACGAUGCCUUUCCUGUUACCCAGGCCAUUGUGGCCAUUCUGCUGGGGCUAGAUGACCUGCCCAGGAGCCUGGAGGAGGAGAUACCCAAACUGGAGGAACCUGAAAUGGAUGUUAAGCCCACGGAAACUACGGAGGAAGCAGCAGAUGCAGAAAAACCAAGUGAACCCGCCGAACAGGAGGAUACAAAACCAGCUGCUGUUCCUGCUGCUGCUCCUCCAACGAGACAGAGGCCAAUCCUGCGGCCAGUCCUCCCCCGACUUGCCAGGUUGGGUAUCGAAAUGUCAUACAAAGUUCAAACUCGCUACCACCUGGAUGCCAUAGUCUAUGCCCCGGAAUACGAUGCUGUGCGCUUGUCCACCCACAUGCACGCCAUUUACUCGCAGACCUGCGAUCCCUCCGGCAGGCAGCAUACCGUGGAGGUGUUGGGACUAAACAACAAUCUCAAGAUAUUCAUGGACCUGAUCAAGAAGGAGCAGCGAUUGCAGACGCAGCGUCAGCUGAGUUCUCCGGGCAUGAAGUACAAGAGCCCGGUGCUGAGUUACGCCGUGGACAUGGUUGAUGCUUGUGUCCGUUACUGCGAGCAGUUGGAUUACCUCAUUGAACACGGAGGAGUGAUACUGGAGCUGGCCAAGAACCACGACACUUUCGAGCCUUCGGUUUCGGCUGUUUUGCAAGAGAUGUACGUCUACAUGAAGCCUCUGGAGGCCAUCAACGUGUUUGUUUACGAUGAUAUCAUGCCAUUGGUGGAGGUGAUUGGACGGUCCUUGGACUACUUGACCACAUUCCCUGGGGACCUUAUAAUGGCCCUUCGAAUCCUGCGGUACCUCUCCAUCAGCAAGCCCAUCGACGGACAGAAACCAACGCCAGUAACUGAGGAACUGAAGCACCGCUUCGUCGCCCUUCAGUUGUACUCGGCUGAUGGCGUUCAGCUGUGCAUCCAGAUCAUGGAGCGGCUGUGCACCUACUUUGAACAGCCGGGAGAUCACUCGCCCGCUUUGAUGACGAUUCAAGGGGUGCACUGUUGCCAGAUCAUGCUUCCCACCCUGCAAAUAUUGAGGGAGCUGCUUUCGUAUGCUAUUCUGUGCAGAGAUGGGACCUACAAGGAUCUGACAGCCAUUGAUCACCUGGUGAAGGUCUACUAUCUGCUGUACUACUAUCCAACACGGUGUCAGGCAGGCGCUGAGGUGGAGCAGUGCAAGAUGGAGGUAGUCCAAACUCUACUGGCCUACACGCAGCCAAAUGAACAGGAUGAGGAGUCUCUGCACAAGUCUCUGUGGACUCUGAUGGUCAGGGAAGUUCUCAAAAACAUCGAUGGACCUGCUCAUUUUAUUCCGGGACUUAAACUUUUGGCGGAGCUCCUUCCAUUACCGCUGCCGAUGCCCCAGCCCUUGUGUGACCAGUUGAAACAGCAGCAUAAGCAGCGCCUGAUAACUGAAAGGAAACUGUGGUCCGCCCACUUGCAUCCGCAGAGCGGCCAGAUAGCCAAGCUGGUGGAAGCCCUGGCUCCGUCCAGUUUCCCCCAGCUUUCGGAGAUGUUGCAACGUGUCUGCAUGCAGCUCUCAGAUUUGGCCCCCAAUAUGACCCUGCUCAUUGCCAAGACUAUUACGGAGCUGCUGUGUAACGAAUAUCAGACCUCCAAUUGCAUCCCAACCACCAACUUGGAGAGACUGCUCCGCUUCUCUACGCGUCUCUGUGCUUUUGCUCCUUUGAAAAGUUCCAUGCUGUCCAUACUAUCGGGCAAGUUUUGGGAACUGUUCCAAUGCCUCUUGGCUCUGAAUGAGUUUAACGAGGUGGUCUCAAACUGCCAAGAAGCAGUGCAUCGUAUCUUGGACAGCUUUUUGGACUCUGGAAUUUCGUUGAUUUCUCAUAAAUCGACCGCUGCUCCAGCUCUCAAUUUGGCAGCAGCUCUGCCGCCCAAGGAACUUAUUCCCAGGAUUAUAGACGCGGUUUUCAGCAACCUUACGAGCGUGGAGGUCACCCAUGGCAUCUCCAUUCUGGCUGUGCGCAAUAUGGUCAUCCUUACGGAACAUGACUUUACCUUCUACCAUCUAGCCCUGUUGCUGAAACAAAAGAUAACAGAGUUCCAGGCUUGGAUGGAGCGUGUCAUCCUGCAUAACGAGACCGUGGAGUAUAACGCCAACAUUGAGUCGCUGAUCCUCUUGCUGCGGUCUCUGACGCAAAUCGAACCACCACCCGCCAUGUCAGCGAUGCCUCAUCGAACCCUUAAGCUGGGCGCUUUGGAGUUGGCUCAACUACUAGAGUUCCAGGACAUUGAUCUGUGCAAGCCACCAGUGCUGACUCGCAUUCUGUCCGUGAUGGAGAAACACAAGGCGGUGGCCAAUGAGGCAGCUGUCAGUGACUUGAAGCAACUGAUUCUACUGUAUGCCUCCAGACAAGAGGCAGCAAUAGCUCAAGGUGCCAGCACAGACACCACUGUUGAGGGGGAGGGGGAAGCCAAUCCAAACAGCAACCCUCUGAGUGUAGAACCCUAUCUUCCACAAGCCGAGGGUAUCGUCUCCCAGUACGAAGCACGUCCGAUCUUCACGCGCUUCUGCGCCACAGCAGAAAAUGCUCACCUAACGGCGCGCUAUUGGCUUGAGCCGUUGCCCAUUGAGGUGAUCGAGGACAUGAAUGAGCCCCUGUACGAACGCAUAGCCUGCGACCUAACUGACUUGGCAAAUGCCUGUCUCAAUCCUGAUCUGAAUGCUGCUGGAGAUAACAAGAGGACAAUCAAUCUUUCGGGAUCCCCUCAAUCCAAUAGGGAGAUGACGCCAACAGCCCCUUGCUUCCGUACCCGGCGCGUUGAAGUGGAACCAGCCACAGGCCGUCCGGAGAAGAAAAUGUUUGUUUCGUCCGUCAGGGGUCGAGGAUUUGCCCGUCCCCCGCCAUCUCGCGGUGAUCUGUUCCGGUCACGACCGCCAAACACAUCUAGACCCCCAUCCCUACAUGUUGAUGACUUUUUAGCGUUGGAAACUUGUGGAGCCCAACCCACAGGACCAACGGGCUAUAAUAAGAUACCUUCCAUGCUCAGAGGAUCCAGGGUGGGACGCAACCGAGGAUCCCGCAUCUCAGCAGCGGCUGCUUUUAGGCAAAAGAAGCUGAUGCGCAUUGGUUCACCUUCCAGUUGGGCUGAAUCCCCUGGCUCUUACCGCUCCGGCAACUCAGAAUCCCACUUUGGCAGCAGUGACUCACACUACUCAUCGUCCCACUACAGUGGGCGCUCCAGGGGACGUGGCUUGCGUUCCAGACCAUCCUACUUACGCUAAAGUUUAAUUCUUGGAGACCGUCUACCAGUUUGAUUUCGUGAAUGUUUGUUCAUAUAUUGUGUUUCAUUUGUAUAUCCUUCCGCGAUAAUAUUUUUAAGUUUAAAGUCUAUGUUCUAAAGUUACUUUUUAAGCGAAUCUUUUACUUUUAAUCUCUUAAGCAUUGUUUCAAUUCCAAUUGACGAAUAUUUGUAAAA